AUGGCGAGGAUAUUAGUGCUGCACCUUCGCGUCCUUCUCGUGGGUCUGUUAUUAACAGGCUCCUUGACUGUCCAGGCAAACAGAGGGGCGACAUCGCCUGACGAGGAAAGGGACAGGGAGAGCGACACGGAGACGCCAUGUGAGGUGAAAACCGUCACCGUUUCAACCCUGCCCGUACUCCGGGAGAACGAAUUCAGCUUCACCGGCGGAGCCUCGGGGAACGUGGUCGGAGGAGGGGGUGCUGCUGAAGCAGGUGGUGUUGGUGGAGGAGGAACUGGAGGAGGAACUGGAGGAGGAGGAGCAGGAGGAGGGGGGGAAUCCAGACUUCUAUUAUUCGUUAGAACAGACCUACCUGGGCGAAUUUCCGUAAUGGAUGAUCUUGACAACACGGCUCUUCCCUACUUCACACUCGAGAUGUCUGGUACUGGGGAAGAAAUUUCUCAGGUACAUUGGAAGCAGCAGUGGUUGGAAAAUGGGACACUGUACUUCCAUGUGUCCAUGACUGAGUCUGAGCUUUUAGCUCAGACCACACAACCUACUGCCCGGGAACCGGCCCACGUGCUGCAUGAACACAUGCAUCUGCUACACAUCUCAGUUAUGGGAGGCCUCAUAGCACUCCUCCUCCUAAUCCUCCUUUUCACCCUUGUGCUGUAUACCCGCCAUCGAUGGUGCAAGCGUCGCCGUAUCCCCCAAAAGAGUGCAAGUACCGAGGCCACACAUGAGAUCCACUACAUUCCCUCCGUUCUGCUCGGACCGCAGGGCCGUGACAGUUAUCGGGGUUCUCGAAGCACACACCAGCAUGGCAGCUCUGUCAUUGGAAUGCCUAUUCGUGAGACUCCAAUUCUUGACGAUUACGACUGUGAUGACGAGGUGGACGCAGGCGGGCACUCACUUAACUCCACACCCAACCAGAUCCACAACAAGCUUAGUGAUGGGAAGGUCCUAGAUGACUAUGGAGUUGGCAUCCAAGGACAUCCAGAUAUGAUGUGCAAAGAAGACGAUAUUAAGCAUAAUUUUGACAAACGAGCCAUUGACCCAAACACCGAGUCAGUCGAGGAUUUGAUGCAGAGAUUCCAGGACAGUUUCCGUGUUCCCAACACUCCAACAGACAUGUCUCACUACCAGCAUGUCAUGCACAGCUCGUCAACAGGCCGCCGGAGGGUCCUGAGCCACACCAGAGAGGCUGGAGGUGUGUUUGGUCCUCAAGGGGAAUCGGGAUCAGAGCCUGAAGAUGACAACCAAAUGAAGUUUUACACAGAGCAGCACAGAGGACGAAGGCGCAGCAAAGGCCAUCCACACAGUCCUCUAAAUAAGGUCACCUUGACACUGAUUACUAUCAGCACAUGUGUCAUUGCCAUUGUCUAUGCUACGCAGGAUUCCUGCCCCCUCACUGUUAAGGUCACCCUCCAUGUGCCAGAGCAUUUUGUUGCGGAUGGAAGUAGUUUUGUGGUGAGCAUGGGCAGUUUCUUGGAUGUUUCUAAUUGGUUAAAUCCAGCAAAGCUAACUCUCUACUAUCAGACCAAUUCAUCCACACAAUGGGUCCAGGAUUACUGCGGCCAGAGGACCACUGAACCCUGUGAGCAGAUUUGUGAUCAGGACACAGGAGAAUGUAGCUGUCAUGAGGGUUAUUCCCCUGAUCCCGUUCAUAAGCAUCUCUGUGUGCGCAGCGACUGGAGUCGCAACGAAGGUCCAUGGCCAUAUGCUAACUUGGAGAAAGGGUAUGACCUAGUUACAGGAGAGCAGGCCCCGGAGAGAAUCUUCAGAUCAUUCUACAGUCUGGGCCAAGGGCUGUGGCUGCCUGUCAGCAAAAGCUUUGUUGUGCCACCGGUGGAACUGUCAAUCAACCCCAUUGCCAGCUGUAAGACAGACGUGUUGGUUACGGAAGAUCCAGGGGAGAUCAGGGAAGAGGCCAUGAUGUCCACAUACUUUGAAAAUGUAGAGGACCUACUGGCAUCUUUUGGACCUGCCCGUGACUGCUCUAAAGAUAAUGGUGGCUGCAAAAAGAAUUUCAAGUGUGUGUCUGAUCGACAGUUAGACUCAUCUGGGUGCAUGUGUCCUGAGGGGCUGAGGCCAAUGAAGGAUGGCUCAGGUUGCUAUGACUACUCCAGGGGCAUUGACUGUACGGAUGGCUUCAAUGGAGGUUGUGAACAGCUGUGUCUCCAGCAGCUUGUGCCCCUUGAAGAUGACCCAAGUUCCAGCAACGUACUCAUGUUUUGCGGAUGCGUACAAGAGUACAAGCUGGCAGGCGAUGGGCGCUCCUGUCUCCUGCAGUCAGACAACUGUGAUGGACCAAAAUGCCCUAAGCAGGAUGUCUACUUCAAUGACACCCUGUUUGGUGAGAUGCUGCAUGGAUACAACAACAAAACCCAGCAAGUCAACUUGGGACAGAUAUUCCAAAUGACCUUCCGGGACAAUAAUUUUAUUAAGGACUUUCCUCAGCUUGCUGAUGGUCUCAUGGUUAUUCCUUUACCGGUAGAGGAACAGUGUCGAGGAGUCUUGUCAGAGCCCCUGCCCAACUUGCAGCUACUCACAGGGGAUGCCCAGUUCAGCGAGGCUGUUGGGUACCCUAUGGUUCAGCAGUGGAGAGUGCGCAGCAAUCUGUACAAAGUCAAACUCAGCUCUAUUACCCUAGCUACAGGCUUUUCUAAGGUGCUGAAGACACUGUCAACAGAGAGCACACGUGACGAGCUGCUGGCUUUUCUUCAGCAAUAUGGCAGCCAUUAUGUAUCUGAAGCCCUGUAUGGCUCUGAGCUCAGCUGCAGCAUUUACUUCCCCAGCAAGAAGGCCCAGCAGCAGCUCUGGCUGCAGUACCAGAAAGAGGCAACAGAGCAGGGUAUUGGUGGAGGCGGGCGUCGUGAGCUGAAGUCACUUCCCUUCAUCAGCUACCUGUCGGCGCUGCAGAAGAGCCAGCUUUUAUCUGAUGACAUGGUGAAUGGUGUGGAGAUCCGCUGUGAAGAAAAGGGCAGCUGUCCAGCUGGCUGCCACCUAUGCCAUCACCAGGCCAUGAUGGGCGGAGUAUCGGGAAGAGGCCGCACUGGUAACAGCAGGACUGGUGAACAGCCUUCCCCCAUCCCUGUUCUGCUGGAAGUCAGUCGCGUCGUGCCCCUUUACAGCUUGGUCCAAGACAACGUCACCAAAGAGGCCUUAAAGAGUGCCACAAUGAGCUCAUACUGGUGUGCUGGAAAGGGCGAUGUCAUCGAUAACUGGUGUCGCUGUGACCUGAGUGCCUUCAGCAAAGAUGGCCUGCCUAACUGCAGUCCCCUCAGGCAGCCGAUUUUGCGCCUAUCCCCUUACCUGGAGCCCUCAAGCACAAUGGUCGCCCUGGAGUGGAUGGAUGUGGAGCCUCUGAUUGGCUGCAAAGUUUCUGACUACAUCAUCCAGCACAAACGAGUGGAGGAUCCCUCAGAGGCAGAGAUCUACACAGGUGAGGUCCUGAGCUUGAUGGAUGAUCUGUUUUCUGGUUUGGGUUCGUCCUGUGUUGUUGCUGGGAGGAGGAGUGGAGACCAUCCCCACUCUGUGCUAUAUUCAGUGGUCUUCAAGUGCCUGGAACCCGACAGCCUCUACAAGUUUACUCUCUAUGCAGUGGAUAGCCGAGGUAGUUACUCUGAAUCAAGCUUUGUCUCAGUACGGACAUCUUGUCCAGUGGUGGAUGACACGCGAGCAGAAGAAACUGCAGACAAGGUGUACAACUUGUAUAAUGGCUACACCAGCGGCAAAGAGCAGCAGAUGGCCUACAAUUUGCUGAUGGAGAUUCCUCCUCCACUGCUCUACAGAGUCCAGCAUCACUACAAUUCUCAUUAUGAAAAAUUCGGAGACUUUGUCUGGCGUAGCGAGGAUGAGCUAGGCCCCAGAAAAGCCAACCUCAUAUUACGUAGGGUGGAGAAGAUUAGCCUCUAUUGCCGGUCCCUCCUGCGCAGCACCCACAUCCAGAGCCGCACCGACACCAUGGCAUAUGUCUACUGCCGGAGUGAAGAGGCACGACCUCCCACCAAUAUGUGGCAUGGCUCUUUACAUGACAGUCGCACUGCCUGCAUGGAAAAGCUCAUUUCUGUACAGCGUAACACAUACAGCAGCACCAAACUCCGAUGAGACAGGAGUUACGAAAUGAGCAGUUCGUCUUUUGUUUUUUUCUUUUUUUUGCAAAAUGACAUCACUGAUUGAUGUACCUCUUCAGUACACUCUGCAGCAGUUGCCUCCCACUCGACUGUUGCAUUUUGCAAAUCGAUUGAGGCUGAAAGAAAAAAAAAAACUCUCACAGGACUUCAUUCACUGGACGUUGUGUUAAAGCUACCGAAAAAAAUAUUUUUGUGUGGCCUACUUUUAUUAUGAGAAAGAAGAUUAUCCCAGAAAAAAAAAUCCCAGAACUGACAUAUUUCUCCAGUGAUGCCAGUGAUUGCACAUAUCAAUGAGAGACUGCAGAGUGAACAUGUAAAAUAUUAUUCAGACAAAAGAAAACUGGUUGACUUAAAUACUUUGAAUGUAAAAUCAUAGUUCCUUUUUGGUGCUUUGAAGCUUUCCUGGUACACUUAAAAGAAAGAGGAAAAAAAGGAAAUAUCCAUAGUAUAACUUAUUUGCCUUUACUACCUUCAUUCGAAAGGAGAAACUGAACUGUGUUAAAGCCAAAAUCACUUACUUGUUUUUAAGUUCGCAUUAAUUAAGAAGAAUAACUACACUUUGCUUCAGGAAUUUAAAAUCGUUACGUGAGAAAGCAUGUAGUUUGACUUACAUGACCUUCGAUUGAUUCACUUGAAACAGCAAGGACUUGUGUGGUAACAGGAUUGAUAUUUGCCUAGUGAAAUUAUUAUGCAAGACGGAGUAGGUGGCAUUCAGACAUUAUAUCCAGACUUUUGAGUUAGCUUUAAUUUUAUUGCUGAAAUGAAUGAAUCAUUUUCUUGUAUGACUUUCUCGAACUGCAGUACCUAUAGCCAUGUUAUAUUACUUAAGUAAUAUAAGACUAUUAGUAUUAGUAUAAAGAAUUCUGAUACCGGGGCGGUGGAUGAAAUCAAAUCUUAUAUCUAGACUUUUGUAAGUUCAUGUAAUGUGUUUGUAAUCUAAUGAUAAGUUAUUGCUUGUGACUGAAACACGACUUGUCAUUGUAGCAUAAGUCCUGCAAAUUGGAAAUAUACGAGACGCAUAUAAGAGAAGCAGUAACAGACCUAAGAUUAUAUCAGAUCUAAAGCUAAAACUGAAAAUGUUAACUGGUUUUCAAAAGUUCUGCCCUCACAGCAGAAUUUAUAAAUUUUUCAUAUUCUUGUUUUUGCAGAUAAAUAUAGCAAGCGUGAUAAUAAAGCAGUAGAUCUGACCAACAUUUUCCCAACAGUAGAAAACAGGACAAUUACUGCUGACCCACAUGUAAACAUGAGGUACUGUACACUGAAAUGUGAAGAAUCAGUGAUUGUAGGAAUCACAUGUGGUCUGUUUAAUCUUCUUGUUUUUCAGUCCAAUAACAUAUCUUCAAAGCCAUGGAUAUUGUUUAACUGAAGAUAAACAAUGCCUUUUCAAUAUGUUCAUCUCAUGUUGUAUGAAUUGUAAUAAUAAAUUAUUAUAUUGUAAAUUUU